UAGAAUGUAAAUCGCCAUUAUCGCAUCGCCCGAACGCGUUGCGAUUAGCGAUAGUUACAUGCAAAAAUCAACGUACUGCAGAAUUAUCGCGCUAGUUUUACUAAAAUGGGAGAUAAAAUACUAGUAGAACAAAUAAUCGAAACAAUAAAGCAGCAUCCAGUUCUUUACGACCAUAAGGUUCCAUGUAGAAAAGAUCUAAGUGAGGCGUUAUGGGAAGAAAUAGCUGAUACAUUCGAUCUCGAUGUACAAAUUCUGAAGGUAAAGUGGAAAAACCUCAGAGAUUGUUUCAAGAAACACAUAAGAGCGCAGACCGAUAACUCGAAAGCAGUUUCCUCAUACAAAUAUUGGCAUUGGGCUAAGUACUUGGAAUUCUUACGGCCGCACAUACGUUCAAAUACAGAAGUCGUUUACCAUACUGAAGAUGAUCACAAUACGAAAGAAUAUUCUGAAAAUAUAAUCAAUAUUAAGCUGGAAGAAGCGGAUCACACGAAUUUUGGGUCAGACUUUGACGCUACUGAAUGUAACAGCAAACAACCUACAAAAAAUAAGGGGAAACAUUCUACAAACAAUUUUGGGUCAGACUCAGAUAAUUUAGAAUGUGUGAUAGAACAACCAAAUAGGAAAAAGAGACGUAUAAAUUCCGAUCCAAAUAUGAAAAGUCAAAAUAACCGAGAAUUGCAUGAAUUCGAUGACAUAGAAUUGAUAUUUUUAGGGUAUGCGAAGACGGUUAAGAAAAUGCCUUUAAAGAGGCAGAUAAGCGUAAAAAUGAAGAUUGCGAAGAUAAUGAUGGAGGAAGAACUAAAAUGCUUAGAAUGAGAUUUAACCGUUCACCUCUCGAUACAUUCUAAGGAUGGUGCGAGAGGAUAUUUUAUAAUGAAAAUGAAACGCUCGUUAUUUUUAACACAAAUCAUAUUCUGUUCGAUUUUAAAAAACUUAUACAUUACAUAUCACAUCGUUUUUUUAUGCAGCUGUUUUACACAGUAAAUAAUGUAACGCUGAAACAGUGCUUUUAAGUGCUAACUUAGUACAUUAUAUAAAAUAGUGCUCUAGCCGUGCUCUCACAAAAAUAAUGUUCUUAUCAUACACAGUAGCAGGAACUUAUUUCUUAAGCAAUUGACUAGAACAAAAUAGAAAGCUGUAAAAGCUAUUCGAAAAUGGAAUAAGAAAUUAAAUCCAGAAAAUAAAAUAACUUAUCAAAAAAGCAAAUUAUUAAUACAAACAGUUAAAGCCGAAAAUUAAAUUUCGUUAUCUACUGCAUCUCUAUCCCUCUUGUGUAUUCGAGCGAUAGAGAGGCGGUUAACGCAAUUUCGAUUUUCGCGGUAGACCCUCUGAUAUCAUUGAUUUUUGGUGCUAGUAUUAAUCGGAGGGUGCAAGAUAAUAAUAUUUAUAUUACAUAAUAAUAUUCAAGCGAUGCGCUUAAAUAAUUACUAAUCGUAAGAUGUUUUAGAGAUAAUUAGCUCAAGAUUAUGAGAUUCGCAUAUGAAUACUAUAAAUUGAAGAAAGAGAGGAGAUAGCAGGUACCAAAUUGUACUAUAAUAAGACAUUCAGCUAGUAUAGAUAGAAAAUUACAAAUUUGUGUUUAGAUAGAUUUCAAAGAUAUGACAAUAUUAAACAUCUGUGCUAAUGUAGAAGUUAAAAUUUCACGUAGCGUCUACUUAGUUACACAGAUUUAGGCAAAAUACAAUUUAAAGAAUGUAGUUGAUGAAAGAUUAGUGGAUGUUAUUUAUUUUAUCCCGGUCCUUCAAAUACGUAACAGUCUUACAAUUGUGCCUACCGCUUAACUUCAACUUAGUUAAUCCCCAUUCGAUUCUCUCAGCAAUAUCUACCCUAUAUAUUACCUUUUCUUAAUACUAAUAUCGCAUAAUCUGACAGAUGGUUUUACACGAGUUUGAAGUUGAGCGACUCAUUUGUUCUUUCUUUUCUUUUAAUACGUUAUAAUGUUUUAUUGUUUUAGAGUUCAGGGGGCCGAUUUUUGAAAUUCGGCCAGUCGAUUUCGUGUAUUUCGUUAAAUGAUAUCUCCACUAUUAGGCUUUUAAAUUCUACUAAUAGUAUUGAAUUCGAGUGGCCAAUACCACUAGAUUACAAAUUUCGGUCGCUCGUAUUUCAAAAAUUAGUAUUUCGCCGUUUUCCACUGAUUUUCGAGUGACGAAAUCGAGCGAUCGAAAUUCAAAAAUCGACCCCCAGUCUUCGUCAGACAAACACGCUUAAGAUAAAACCGGGGUUAGAUGAAGUACUUAGAUGCUUAUUUUCAUGCCUGUGUUAACUCAGAGCACGGAUAAGUAUUAAAUGUUUUUAACUUAAGAGGCUCGAUAUUGGACAUGAUAUUGAACCUGUUUACAGUAAUACAGGAUUUCUAAUAAGAAAAUGUAUAUAUUAUGUCACUAAACUUUAAUAAUAAACAUCAAUUUGUAUUCUUGUCCCGAUCCCAGGUUAGCACAGGUAUGCUUAUGUUUAAUCAUUGCACAGCCCUAAGCAUUCGGAAGUAACAACAUAUCGAAGUAACCGCAAUAAUGCGGUUACUUUUACAGUUCGACUACCAUAUUGAUUGAAUAUUUUGAUGCUCUAAUAACGUUUUCUCAAAAUCUAUAUAGGUAUAUAUUUUAAACAAAUCUAGGUACUCUUAAUCAUUUAUAAUAUACAUACAAUACACCUAUAAAUUAUUUGUUACUUUUGGGUUGACAACUAUGUAUUUGUUUAAAUUUUCAACAGUAUCUUAACAAAAUGUCUAAUAUAAUAUAACAUUUGAUACAAAAUUUGUGUAAUUUUUAUUAAAAUCCCUAUCUAUAUAUUUAAUCUUAUUUUAUCGCUUUUAUACAAUUUUAGGUUAAAUGCAAUCUCACUAAAUUAUUACAAUAGCGUAUAAGAAAAUUUUAUAACUUUAAGGAUACUUAAAAUAGGUACAAAAAUCAAUCUUAAAAUUAAUUUCGUAUCUAAAUGGAAAACUUUGGAAGAAACGGAUUUUAGCCACUGGCAAUGUGCGAUGGUUUAAAGC